AGCGAGAGCGAGAGCGAGAGCGCGCGAGAGCGAGAGAGCGAGAGCGAGAGAGCGAGACUGCACAGUAAUCUUCAUUACUUACACCGGUGAUACUGACCAAAAUCAACUACGAAACAACCUCCACCAGUGCAAGGUCGCUGUUCUCGAAAAAAAGCGACCCGGUCACCCGAGGACUCGAGCCCACACUGACGUUUCAUGAUGGCGGAGAGUGACCACAGCCAGUUUUCUCUGCUGAGUCUGGAGGAAGAGCUGACCUGUAGCAUCUGUCUGUGUCCCUUUAACUGCCCGGUGACCAUACCCUGCGGACACAACUUCUGCCAGGACUGCCUCCUCGCCACCUGGAAGGACUCGUACAGCUGUCCUCAGUGUCGGACCCACUUCCCCACCAAACCGGAGCUGAAGAAAAACACGGUCCUCAGCACUGUCGUGGAGACCUUCAACCAGCGGACGACCAAGAGCGAGGACGAACCGGGGACAGCAGAGGACAGCAAAGAGGGGAGACAGGAUGUCAUACGCUGUGAUACAUGUAUGGAAGCAGAAGCGGCGCAGACCUGCCUCACCUGCAUGGCCUCUUUCUGCGAGGAGCACCUGCGGCCUCACCGGGAAAACCCAACGUUUAGAGUCCACCAGCUGAGUGAGCCUGUUGGCGACCUGUCCGAACGCAUCUGCCCGGACCACCACAAGCUGAUGGAGCUCUUCUGCAGCCAACAUUGCCGUCCCAUCUGCAGCCUCUGCCUCCAGCAGGUCCACAAAGGCUGCUCCUUUAUGUCCCCACAGGAGCAGAGGAACCUGAAAGAGUCCGACCUGAGAGGCAAGUUGGGUUUGCUGGAUGAGAAAACAACGAAGAAUGAGAGAGUUAUCUCACAAAUUGGUGACAUGGAGGACAAGCUAAAGGACUCGGCGACCAACAGGAAGGCGGCUCUGGCAGCUGAUUAUCAGCAGAUCCGGAAUAUGUUGGCCCGAGAGGAGUCUGAAGCUCUGAAUACUGUUGACCGUGAGCUGCAGAGUGGUCAGACUAAACUUAAGGGUCUUGCCAAGAAGCUCAAAGAGAACGUUGUUCAAAUGAGUAAAACUAAAGAAGACAUCCACAGUCUGCUGAGUCAGUCCCAAACUCUGGCCUUCCUACAGGCUUCUGUCAACCUGCCAAAGGCUGUGAGCUUUGAGCCUUACACCCCUCAAAUCAACCUGGAUUCUAAGAAGGUGAAAGCUUCGCAGGCCUUUUGUGCAGACCUGAAGGUGCAUUUGACAGAGAUGUUUAAAGAGCCUGUUGAGGACAGACCGCUGAUACUCAAACCAGAAAUCUAUGGCUCAGCACCUGAAAGCACUGGACCUCAUCCCCAAUCUGAAGGCACCAAGCCUAUGAAGCAGAAAAAGCCCCCCAGGUCCCACAGUCCAGGUCGUCCACCCAUCGAGCCAUUAUUUCAUCCAGUUUAUAUGGGGUCAUAUCCACGCCACAAUGCACCCCAGCAUCACCCAGGCUACAACAAGGAUCCCCGAUUUAUGGCAGGACAAAAGCCAAAUAACCCUGGCAUUUUAGGAGCUUAUGGGGGAAAUUCACCUUUUGGCCCUGGGACUUACAAGGAAUCCGGUAUGUUCAACUAUCACAUGGUAAUGAAUUUAAGUGAUCUAAUUGAGCCGCAAUGGACAGGUCCAGGUUCUCAACACAAAGCAGGCCAGAAGGAGAAAUCUCAAAAAACAAAACCUCACAAAGCUACAAAAAACAAUAUUGGACAAGACAAUCAAGCCCGCUCAACAGAAAACCUCUUGGAUUUGGAGGGGAUAGGCCAACCCAGAAGCUGUUCUCCUUCAGCUGAUUUUAAUAAAAAUGAAAUGUCAGACAUUCCUCCAAGCAUAACAUCUGCUGAAAAAAGAACCGAACUUCUGAAGUAUGGUACGGUUCUCACUUUGGAUCUAAAGACGGCCCACGAACGCAUCGUACUGAGUGAGAGCUUCACUAAGGCGUCAGUGUCAGAUGAACACCCAGACUGUCCCGACUGUCCUGAACGCUUCUCAGUCUGCUCCCAGGUGCUCGCCUCCCAGAGCUUCUCUAAAGGUCGCCACUACUGGGAAGUGCGACUGAGCUGCAACAACUUCAUUGGUUUAGGUUUGGCUUACAAGAGCAUUAACCGCAAAGGUCCCUCCAGUCGACUCGGCCGCAACGCCCAGUCCUGGAGUAUCGAGUGGUUUAACGUCAAGCUGUCCGCUUGGCACAACAGCAAUGAGACCGUGCUGGUCAAUCCCAAUCCAAAGCGCGUAGGCGUGCUGUUGGAUUGUGACGAGGGCACUGCUACAUUCUAUAACGUGGCAGAUAGGGCAUAUCCCUUCCACACCUUUGUGUUCCCAUUUGCCCAAGCUGUGUGUCCAGCUUUCUGGAUUUUCUCAAGUGGCUCGUCCGUAACUUUGUGCAAGCUUCAGCCAUAAGGAGCAUGUGCACAUAAUUGGCAUGCGAGCACACUCGUAAUACACAGAUUUUUUCUUCUUAAUACACUCACAAUAAUGGAAUAUACUACUCUUCUUGUUGCACUUAUUAAGACAUUCCCUGUUAACCCACCCCCAGCUUACAUUUAGCCAAAAUCAAUGUUGCAUUUGAAGUUGCAACUAAAUGGUUCUUUGUGCUGUUGGAGUGUGUCAACUUGAUUAUCCCCACUAUGACUUCUGUUAUGAGGAUGAUGAGAAGCUAACAGAACCCACACUGUACUCUUACAGUACAGCAUGUGUGCGUGCUAGUCUUUCUCCUGUAUUGUGAUACUGACUGGAUAAAGAAGUGAAUUAUUACGUCACUCCAGCAUGUGUCAGUACAGUGUUUUCAUAUGUCCACAUAUGGAAAAUGAAUGAUUGUUUUCGGAAUGCAUUGAAGUGUAGUUCUUAAGGUUAUAGGGCUGGGCGAUAUGGCAAAAAGUUAUUUGUUUCUCAUUCUGAUGACCUUUUUAAUAGAUUUCAUUUAGUCUCUAAACCGAUUUACCUUUUGAUCCGAAAACAAUAAUCAACUAUCUCUGUUUAAUGGCUUGUGCGUUUCAGACAACUGUACAACAGCUUAUUAUUAUCACUGUAGGCUACUAACAUGUAAUAAUUAUGAUAGAGAUUAAGUUGUAAAUUGAAUAAUGUAAACCUCAGAAAUUCACAAAAACGCCAAUGUUCUUUGAUAUUAUACAGGCCUACAUUUGCAAGGAACCUUUCUUUUUCCCGCAAAUAAAUGCCUCUUAUAAUAUGAGAGUAUUUUUCUCAUAAUGGAGUGUUUUUAUUUAUGCGAGUAAAGUUUGAAAAUCUUCAACGAUCUUUUCUUGUUAAAUCUCCGGUGUACACAGGUCAUGUCUCCAGUGGAAAAGCGUGGCACCACUUCCCUACUGACAAUGUAUUGAAAUGUUGUUUUUUCUGAAGUGCAUAUAUCAGUCAUAUCACCCAGCUCUAAAGCGUCACUUCUUCAUCUCUGAAUUUUUUUCGGCUGAUGUGAAUUUAAGUCAUAUAGACAAGUUCCAUCAAGUCCUGAUUAAUUUUUCCUUUUGAUUGUUUUAUGGGAUUUUGCCUUUUUAUUGGUGAAGUUAGAGGAAAUAAUUGAGGGAGUGGAAACGACGGUGUCAUGCUUGCAUGUUUUACCCCAUUGAUGUAAAUUGAUAUACCAUUUCACAUCUAUGGUGGGCAAAUAAACCAAAAAGCCAUCAGCCCGGUCUGUUGGCUUUUUGUAAGGUGUAAUAAAGUUAGUUUCACAGGGGUUAAUUAUUUGUUGGGCAAUACAAAGUUUACCCCGGCUUGUAAGGUGAUGAUGUGUCGCUAUGAUGCUCAUCUUGCAGGUGCUUAAUCUUGUGAAACAACAAACUGUAUGGGUGUCUAGCAGUAGAGCUGUCUACACAACAUGCAGUACGUUCACGGUGAAGUUAGCUGUUUGAAUACAGUUCUCUCUUCUAAUACUUUGAUUUAAAAAAACGGGAAAGGUUUGGACAUGAUCACUGAUUUUGUGAAUGAAUCUGUCUUAAUUGUGGGACGAGUUCAAAUAUCUUUGCGUCGUUUCAGGCAAUGCACUUCAGGUAGAGUGUUGUUAUUAGGCAAUAUGCUGUUAUGUAAAGGAACAGUUUUUCAUUGCAUUUAACCUGUAUAAUGAAAUCUGCUGUUUUCUUUUAGUCAACACAAUGAAGAGCUGUGGUUUGGGACACAGCUCCGCAGACUGUGGCAUGAUGAUCAUUUUGUUUGUUUGAUGUGCAUUUACUGAAACUGUGUUCAUUGUUCGUAGCAUUAUAUAUAUAUAUGGUCGGGGGUUGUAUAACAUUCGGACUGUGAAACCAACCUUUGUGUAAUGCUUCAUGUACGGUGGUUGUUUUCAGUUUACUGUUGUUUACUAUGUUUGCUAUUGACCUAAAAUUGCUGUGAUUAUGGCUCUUGUACAUUUAAUCAAUGUUAUUAUUAAUAAAAUAUGUUCUCUAUCCACAA